AUGGAUUGGGUUUUGAAAGCAUCGUCGUACUUGAGUGAACUGGAGAGAGAUGAGUUUGAUGUGCUGCAGCAGGUGAUGGAAAAUAAUCAAAAUAUGGAGGCUGAGGCUUUCUCUGUGGACUCUGGUAUAACAUUUUGUUCAAGUUCAACCACUUCUUCCGAACCAUCCAAGAAGCCAGGUGGGGAUGGUGUGUCAUGUUUGGUGGAUGGAUGCACAGUGGACCUCAGUAGAUGCAGAGACUAUCAUCGGCGGCAUAGGGUUUGUGAAGCUCAUUCCAAGACACCACUUGUCGCCAUAGCCGGCAAACACCAAAGGUUUUGCCAGCAGUGCAGUAGAUUCCAUUCAGUUGGAGAAUUUGAUGAAGUGAAGCGGAGUUGUAGGAAGCGUCUUGAUGGUCACAACAGGCGUAGGAGGAAACCAAGGGGGAUACAAUCAUCCAUGUACAACACUGGUGCGGUUUGGUGGUUCACCAGCAUACACAACUUGUAGCAGUCCCCUGAGAAUGAGAUGGCCCUGGCCCAGGCCCACCGAUAAAGAAAAGUUAAACAAGCAAUACAUAGUCACAACAUCAUCAUCAUCAUCAUCAUCAUCAUCAUCCUCAAGGGAGAAAAAGUUCCCAUUCCUUUUGGGCACCCCUGACUCUGAUGCAUC